GCUGACGCAGGUCAAUAUUUACGGAAGUGAAGCUGCAUUUGAAUAGAAGUGGAUUUAAUUCGUAUUGAGAUGUUUAACAUUGAUUCAUCUUGAUUUAUAUCCCUAGUUGAUCGGAUAUAAGACCAUUUCCUAACUAUUCAGGAGCACAGAAGCGUCUCGGGAGGAAGAUUUAGAGCAAAUCCGAGCCGCUCGGAACCAAGGAGGCAAGGGCCAGGAGGUGGACUCGGUCCCGGGGUUCCUGGUCCUGGUCGGUCCUGGUCCUGGUCCUGGUCCUGGUCCUGGUCCUGGUCCUGGUCGGCACCAUGGGGGCCGAGCAGAGCGGAGACGCGGAGCACAAGCAGCCGGACUACAGCGCCGCAGUGGUGCCGUCCCCAGCGAAGCAGAAGGCCAAGAUGGACGACAUCGUGGUUGUGGCUCCGGGGACCCAGUCGAUGCGGAACAUCCACAACGACCCCGACGUCAUCAAGCUGCAGGAGAUCCCCACCUUCCAGCCGCUUCUGAAAGGGGUCCUGAGUGGGCAGACGUCCCCCAGCAGCGUGAGUCUGGAGCGGCUGGACGCGGCUCAGGUGCUGCAGCUCUGCAUCCGCUACCAGGAGCAUCUGCAUCAGUGCGCCGAGGCCGUGGCCUUCGACCAGAACGCCCUCGUCAAGAGGGUCAAGGAGAUGGACCUGUCGGUGGAAACCUUGUUCAGCAUCAUGCAGGAGCGCCAGAAACGCUACGCCAAGUACGCCGAGCAGAUCCAGAAGGUCAACGAGAUGUCCAUGAUCCUGCGCCGCAUCCAGAUGGGCGUGGACCAGACGGUGCCGCUGAUGGAGCGGCUCAACAACAUGCUGCCGGAGACCGAGCGCCUGGAGCCCUUCAGCAUGAGGCUGGACGGGGAACCGGCCCCCCAGUAGAGCCGGGGGCCCUGGGGGCUCUGCUGGAGGCCCGGGCUCGGCUGGAGCACCUGCAGGAUUUGCUGAACGCCUGGCAGAACCAGCUCUGAAACCGGACGAAGCCGAGCAGACGUUAACCUGCUACCUGCAGGUUAACAGACUCUGGAAACGUCUGAGCCGCUCUGGGACUUUCACGCCUCCUAAAUCCAGCUCAUGGCACAGAUUUAGGGUAUAAACAUGACUCUGACGCAGACAGACUGAAUGCAAACCGGUGGACUUGUGAUUUAUCUGGCAGCGUUCGGGUCCAGCGUUGUGUUGCAUGCAAAAGAUUUCUGACGCUUCACGCUUUUAGCAGAUUGAUGCAGAAAUGCGUUAAAUUAGAGCAUUAAAUCCUAUAAAUGUCUUUCACGUCAUAAAAUCCACCAAACAGUCGCGGGAGGAGAAGAAGAAGAAGAAGAACUUAAACGGUGGAAUUUCUGGUGUAAAAAACUGUAAAUAAAUGAAAGAAAACAUCCCUGAUGUUUGUCCCUUGUGCUUCCAUGUUCUCCCCGACGGCUGCAGGCUCAUUUCUUAGGUUUAAAACUGAAAAUGAACAUCCCUGAUGUUUAUUAUGUUAUGAUAUUUAUAUAUAUAUAUAUAUAUAUAUAUAUAUAUAUAUAUUUAUUUACACGUCCUACCCUCUGCUGAAUUAUUUUGAUCCUCGGUGGGGACAAAAUGUAUCCCCCCCACCCAAAGUAUUUUCACCAUUACAUCGUAAUUAUUAACAAGUAAUAACAAACCAAAAUACACAGAGUCCGUGUUCAUUCUGCUUGUGCUUUGAUUUUCAUACCGGGAUCGAGUCGCGCCCACAGAAAGCAGUUUUAUUUUGAAAACAAAUCGGAUUUUCUUGCAUUCCAAAAGUCCGACUUCGGGCCCGCCAAAAUAAAAGAUACAGUCAGUCAAAUGAAUGAAAAAAUGAAAAGAAUCCAGAGCAGCAUAUUCUCAUAUUUUACAGGAUCACAACCAAAAAUCCAGAGAAAAAAUGUGACAGAAGAUGAAACAAGAUGUGACAUUGCUGAAUCCAGCUCCCAUGUUUUCUGUUAAACUGAUAUCGAGAAAGAAUUAAAAAAAUAUUAAUUUUGUUUAUUUAUUUUUAUUUGGCACAUUUAAAAACAAUAUUAGGAGAAAAUAUUUCUGCAAAUGCAGUGGUUCAGUUUAUGUUCAAAAUAGGCCUACCGCCUACAUUAUGUAGCUUAAGUGUAAGUUUACACAAGAAACAAGUUUUCAUAUAGCCUAUACUGCUGGACCGCUGUUGUGUCGUAAUUUUUCUGAAUAAAAAUAUUUCACAAAAUGA